AUGCAAUUUAGAUUCACACGAACUUGUCGAAUUCGAUGGUUUCUUACUCUUUUUGUUGUUUUAAUUAUUUUAUUUUUAUUAAUUAAUAAAUGGCUGAUUUAUACAUCAUCAAGUAUUGCUUUUCUUGAAGUAAAUGCUUGCCCAGCUUGUUUUGGUAUAAGUCUAUGUCAUGUAUUUGAAACAAAUGCUGUUGAAUUAUCAGGUUGGCAACGUUUUUCAUUUUUUAAUAAUGAUAUGUUUAAUAUAAAAAAUAUUUAUUAUGGUACACUAAAAAAUCAACCAGUUAUUUUUAAAAAAAUGGCCCAUCAAAGUGAAUGGAUAAAGUUUGAUGGUUGUCGUCAGAAUCGGUCAUGUUUUCAACAAGUAGAAACAACUUUAACAACACUUUUACCUUGUUCUAAUCCAACCUUUAUUUCUAAGUUUCAAAAUGCAUAUAUUACUUCAACUGGUUUUAACAUUUCUCAAAGUAAAAUAUCAUUAGAAACAACUUUGCAAAUCAAUCUUGAACCUAUUGUACUAUCAACUUUAUCUGAUUCUGGUCUUCCUAUUCCAUUGUAUUAUGGCGCAUGUGGCCGAGUGGCAGUUGUUAGUAAUGAAGGAUAUAAUCUUGUUUUUUAUCUUCAUUCAUCAUUUCAAUUUCGUGCUUUUCUUGCUCGAGAACUUCUUAUUUCAAUGCAUGAAUUGAACACAGGAAAUUCAGAUAUAAUUAUUUAUUAUCCAGAUAUUAAUUUAGAAAAUUUUGUCUAUAAUCAAUAUGAACGACGUGUGAAAAUUAUUGAUUUAGAAUAUGUAACUAUUGUUGAACGAAAUUUAUUUUCCAAUACAAAUCUUGAUGAUGAUUAUGAGAAUAGUCAUCGAAAAGCAUUGCAUUCAAAUAAAUAUUGUAGUAUAUAUAUGCCUGAUUACAAUGUAAAACAAGUUUGUCGUUAUAUUUUAUUACCAUCGAUUGAAACGAAUGAAAGAGAUAUGUCAAGUGAUUUUCUUCACAGUAUUCCUGAAACUGUUAAUCAUCAAUGGAACUUAACAAACCUUCCAAAUCAGGAAAGUCAAAAUGAAAAUAGUCAUUCUACAACGAUUAACAUUGAUGAUAAUGAAGCGGCUGUGACAGAUUUUCUAUAUGAAAUUGAUCUUAUUCGAUCAAAUAUUGAUAAAAUUGAUGAACUCAUAGAAGAAGUUAAACGAAUUCAUGUUGAAAUGCUCGAAGCAAUGGCAAAUCCUAAAUUAGGACAAGAGCUUGACGAUAAAAAAGAACAAAUAAAAAAAUUAUCAUAUGAUGUUUCAACAAAACUUAAGAAAAUGGAACAAGCAAAAGAAAGUCGUGAUGAGCAUGAUAAAACAAAUGCUCAAUGGCGUAUAAAAGAAUCACAAAUAUUUGUAUUAACUAGACGUUUACGUGAUACAAUGGUUGCAUAUAAUCAAGAAACUAUUGCACAUCGCGAUCGAUGUAAAAAAAUUAUUGUACGCGAACUUGAAAUAUCUGGAAAUCGAAAGACUACUGAUGAAUUAGAAGAUAUACUCGACAGCGAUUUUCCUGGAACAUUUAAUGUGUCCAUAUUAGUCGAUACGCAAAAAGCUAAACAGUCAUUAGAUGCAAUUGAAGCACGUCAUCGGGAUAUAAUAAAGCUUGAAACUUGUAUUAAAGAAUUACACAGUAUGUUUCAAGAUUUAGCUAUGCUUGUUGCAAAUCAAGGUGAAAUGAUUGAUUCCAUCGAACAUAAUGUAUCAAAAGCAGCAGACUAUGUAGAAGAUGCAAAACAAAAUGUAAAUAUUGCUCAUAUAUAUGCUAAAAAAUCUGCUAAAAAAAAAGUUUGUAUUUUUAUUAUUCUAAUUACAAGUAUCCUUCUUAUUCUUAUUAUUAUACUUAUUGCUUAUUUUACACAAAGAAAACUUAUAGGAAAAUAA